UGAAAGAACUCAAGCCGUGGUUACUGUUUUCCAGUAUCCCAACGUACCGUGGAUAACUGUGAUUAUUGUUAUUGUUGAUAAGGAUGUGAUUAGAUUAAAGUGUUCUGAAAGACCUCAUAUCGGUCAGACAACGGAUAAACACUUA